AUGCGGGGCACAAUACUCAUGCAGGAACACCGCAGUACAACAUAUGGUCAACAAACACAUGGGUUCAAGAGAGCCGAUGCGCUCUGGAAGAUCAAAUUCCCCCAUGAGCCACCUCCGCCACCUUCACAACCCCCACCUCCGGACACAACGUUACCCCAGACCACUUCGCCUAAAGCAAAACUCCAUCCGUUUGCCUGCAGUAUGUGUAAACGAACAUUUCCGCUUCAAAAUGGAUUAACGCGCCACCUUAGAUACAUGCACAAUGCCACAUGCCCUCUCCCAGAGAGAAAACGCCCGCCAGCCGACGAACCGAUACCACCAGAAGGAUCAGCAUCCCUCUGUGACAAAUGUGAUAUGAUAGCGCGAUCUAAAACAGGUCUCAAAGCCCAUAUUAGAGCGAUCCAUCCUGAGAACCCCCAAAUAGACGCACCUCGCCCUCAGCUCAUCCCACAGCCUGCUUCACUACGCUGCGAAUUCUGCCUCCGCGACUUUGGCAACAUUGGUGGUCUCGCCUGCCACAAAAGUUUAAACAUCCUCCUGGAACUCCAAUUCUGCCAGCAACAAUACAAGUAA